ACAACUACGGGAUGUGGGUCUCACUUACAUCUCUGCUGUAAAGGGAAAACUUAUAAUCCUCGAAACGACACUUGCUGUAAAACCGAUGGAAACAGAGCAGGUAACCUGACAGUAGGACUGAGUGAAAGGAUGUCUCAAUGCUGUGGAGAGAUGGCGUACAACCCACUUAAUGAAAUAUGCUGUGGGCUAAAAGUGAAACCCAAACCUUCACAUGAUGCCAAAUGCUGUGGAGAGGAGGCGUACAACCCAGUUCAUGAUUUAUGCUGUAAACACGAAGUGAAACCCAAAUCUUCACAUGAUCCCGAAUGCUGCGGAGAAGGACCUUAUGAUAAAAACAAGAAAAUCUGCUGUACUGGAAAACUGCUGGAUAAGCUUUCUCCUGACCAUAAGUGUUGCUAUGGGAAACUGUUUGACUCUUCAAUUGAGAAUUGUUGCCAGAAUAUGUGUCAGAAGAUACAGAUGAAAAUCAAUAAUUCCAAAGUCUGUGUGAAGAACUUCACAUGUGAUCUCAGAGUUCCUGGAGAGCUUCAGUGUAACUGCAGUGCUGACAACCAUGUCAAUGAGUCCAAAAAAUCAGACAAGAAGGAAGUUUGUACGAUCGGGAAUGAAAAGGAGGUGUACAAUAAGAAGAAUGGUUUUCAAUGCUGCGGCCUCUAUUAUUUCAACCCCACCCUCUGGUCUUGCAACAAUGGAAAACUGCGUGCCAAAAAUGACGUCUUAACAUAAGUGAGAGAAUAUUCAAGCAAGUAAUAGGAAGAUCUUUGCUUCUAAUCACCAUUUGUAAAAGCAAAGUCUUGUGUAUAUCCCAUUUAAUUUUAUUGGCUAUUCUGGAUAUCACAACUCUGAACAUCAGUGUCCUAAAAAUGAGUAAAAAAAAAAAAAAGGCUGCUGCUGCACUUCAACAUCCCGUCGUCAUGAGAACACCUAUUCCACACGUUUCAGAAACUAAGCUGUGUAAAAAUAUACACUUCUUUAAUGAUGUUUUGAUGUUUUGACUGACUCACCACGAUUUCAGUUCUCCAGUCCACUUUGUUCAUGUGUUCUCAGUAGGUUGGCAGUGGCUGGUCCUACAUGCUUAUUGCUACUGUGCUCCAUCUCAUUUUCGCAGUGCUAAACCAGAGUCAUCACAACUUAGCUAAGAACCAGUCUGUCUUUCCACGUUUAAAGAACCAACUCUGCAUCAUGGCUUUAAACUUUGCUCAACACUUUUGUCUCAGGAUUGCUUAUGUACACACAUGACUGUUUUUGUCUCUGAUCCAUGUGAAGAGCUUUACAAUGCCAGCUGGAUCUUUACGGUCGUCUUUGAUUCGUCUCGUUCGGAGCUGGGAGUGGGUUGACGGUGCUGUUUUUGCAAGUCGGAAUGCAGUGGGAUUUGUUAUGUGUUUUGGUGCUAACUGCUAUCAGGAAUACAAUCAUAUAACUAUAUUCAAAGACAAGAAUAUGUUUACAAAUAAGUAUUUAUAGCACUAUUGGUGCUGCUGUUUAACCAGUCACACAAUGUUAGAAGUGCUUAUGGAAAACUGAAAUGGCAACAUUUACUCCCUAAAAUUUCACUGCCUUUACCUUUUGAACACAUUUCUUUCUUUCCUUUGUGUCAGCUGUGAAUUGGUGCCACGAAGAGUCGACUCUUUGAGUGGUGCAAACAGACUAGGUCAUAAGCAAGCAUUAGCACAGGAAAUGUAUUCAUGGGUUAAAAUAAAAAAACCCUGAGCAAAUACAGUAAAUACUUAGAAUCUUUAGGAUUUUAAUAGCUUUUUACUCUAGCAAUAACAUUUGAUGCUGCAUUUAUACUACACAUACAACUACUUAACUACUAUGCACAUUAUACCGUGUAACCUGGAAAGUUUCUCUCUUUACUACAUCAAAAUUCUGAUGCGAUUUAUUUUAAACCAAAAUUACUUCCACUAAAUAUGUAGAAAUGUAUUCACAUCUGCGCGCCAUGUUUAUCUUAAAGCGGGGAAGUAUUAUGUAAAAUCGACCUUUUCCAGCUUUACGUCAUGAACGGAGCACCGUCCUCGACAACAAAGCUCAGUCUUUAUAACGUCUGAGCUUCCGCAUUAUAGAGCAGCCGCUAGUCUGAGCUCCUUCAGACUAGCCAGAAGUAAAUACUAGAGGAACUCUGCAUUUGAUUCUGCCAAAAGGCAGGAGUGUCAGAAAGAGUUCUUAAAGAGACAGAGGCACAAUUUUAGGAAAUGUUAUUUUGAAAUCAUAAUAUAUCUUUACAAUGUUGCUGUCUACAGUGGUAAAAGUGAAGCUCAAUCAGUGAAAAAAAGCUAUCCCACCAUUCCACUAUAUAUUUUCUGCUUGCCUUGCGGGCAGAUCCAUUGUCCUAGCAGGGUCUUUGCAGGCUGCUGGAGUUUAUUUCCAGCAGAUUUUUGCCCAGGGAACUAUUGUUUAUGACAACAGUAACACUGUUCAUAUAUAAGCUUAAUGGAUGUGGCUUUUAAUAAUAUAUAUACAUACACAUUUAUAUGCUACUUUUACUUUUUUAUAUUUGCAGACUUUUCUUGCUCCAAAACAAAUAUUUUUGCAUAUAAAGGAUUUAGAUUAACCCUGACUUGAUGAGUGAGCUAAAACUGAACAUCUAACCAUUUCAGGGACAUGAAUGUAAACAUGGUAAUCCUGUAUUGUUAAAGCGUCAGUUGUCAAAAAAAAAAGAAGCUUUUUGUGACUUAUGUUUAUUUGUAACAACUUCAGUUUGUGGCAGUUCAUAUUAAUGUGAAUUCUGUACUGUAACACAUGCAGUAGUUAUGGAAAACAUGGUGACUCUGAACCUUUCCUUAUUACUGCGUGUAUUUGAGUAUAUUUUUCUGAAUAAAAAUUAUACUCAAUGUUUAUUCACAAUAUU